AUCCUCUCAGCCACCCUCCGAUGGGCGCCGCCGCCAUGGCCGGCGUCGACGCCGACGCCGACGACUUCGUCUCGCCGUCGUCAUCGGCGCCUCCCGCCCCGCGAGCGCGGGCCGACGGAGGCGUGUACCAUGUGGGCGGCGUGCCGGUGGAGUUCCCCUACAAGCCCUACGGGACGCAGCUGGCGUUCAUGGGGCGGGUCAUCGCCACGCUCGACCGCGCGCGGCGGCAGGGGCAGUCGCACGCGCUCCUCGAGUCUCCCACCGGCACCGGCAAGUCCCUCUCCCUCCUCUGCUCCGCGCUCGCCUGGCAGCGGCACUACCCGCUCCGCUCCCCACCCACCGCGCCCGCCACUGCCCCCGACCCGUUCCUCCACGGCGGAGGAUUCGUCGCCGACGAUACCCAGCCGCAGGCGACGCCGGUCAUCCCAGAGAAGGCGGCCAAGAAAAAGAACGCUCCGACCAUCUAUUACGCGACGAGGACGCACGCGCAGAUAACCCAGGUUGUCCGGGAGUACCGCAAGACGUCGUACCGAGUGCGCAUGGCCAUCUUGGCCUCAAGGAAGCAUUACUGCAUAAAUAAGCUUGCUUGCAUGAGUGACAACAUUGAUGAGCAAUGCAAGUUGCUGCUAGACGACAAUGUUCAAGGUUCCUCAUGCUCAGAAUUCAAGAAUGCUCAGAAGCUAAGUCGACAUCCAUCCCUUCAGAUUGGUGGCUGCUAUGAAGUUCAUGAUAUUGAGGAUCUUGUCAGGGUUGGCCAGAAAGUGAAGGGAUGUCCAUACUUUGCUGCACAACACAUGGCAGAAGCAGCACAGCUGGUUUUCUGCCCAUAUAAUUACCUGAUUAGUCCGAUUGUCAGGAGGGCAAUGGACAUUGAUAUCAGUGGCUCAAUCAUUAUUCUUGAUGAGGCACACAACAUAGAAGAUACAGCACGUGAUGCUGGAAGUGUUGAUGUCGAUGAAGAAUCACUUUACUUAUUGCAGGCAGAACUACAAAACUUGGCCACUGAUGAGGCUGCUGCAAUGAUAUACCAACCCCUACAUGAUGUUAUUCAGGGUCUUAUGGGUUGGAUUUCUGAGCGGGAGGACAAUCUGCAGAAUCAUGAGUUUGGACAUCCCGCUUCAUAUUGGACUGGUGAAAAGGCUAUGAAAGAACUCGAGCGGGCUGGUAUUACUCCAACACACUUCUCGGUAUUGCAAGAAUGUGCAACAAAGGCAGUUAAAGCUGCUUCCGAUACUGAAUCAGAUGGAUCACACUUAAGUGGUGGUCGUGCUAUGACACUAGAGAGUCUAUUCUCUUCAUUGAGUUACUUUUUUGCUAAUAAUGGGCGUAAUUCAUGUGAUUAUCAACUUGCUUUGCAGCGUUUUGUUAAAAAGGAAGGCAAGGAUGAAAUUUCUUCAAAAUGCACAAUGAGUUUAUGGUGUCUCAAUCCUGCUGUUGUCUUUCGAGAAAUUGCGGAUCUAACCCUUUCAGUAAUUCUGACAUCUGGCACACUUUCACCAAUGGGUUCAUUUGCAUCUGAACUUGGUGUCCAGUUUGAGGCUUGCCUGGAAGCUCCUCAUGUAAUUAAUGUCGAUUCUCAGGUUUUUGCAGCUGUUCUAUCAUCUGGUCCAACAAGACGGAAAUUGAAUGCUAGCUAUAAAACUGCAGACAAUUCUUCUUUCCAGGAUGAACUUGGAACUUCACUAGAAGAAAUAUGCAGAAUUGUGCCUGGUGGUGCUCUAGUGUUUUUUCCUAGCUAUAAGUUGUUGGACAAAUUACAAGUGCGCUGGUCUCAAACAGGUCAAUGGGCACGGCUUAAUGCUCAAAAACAUGUGUUCGUUGAGCCCAAGGGAAGUACCGAGGAACUUGAGCCUGUUUUAAAAGGGUACUAUGAUGCUAUCCUUGGUAAGGCUCCUGUCAAGAAAGGCAGAGGUGGUGCAAAACAGAUAGUGAAGAAUCGAUUGGCAAAGAAUUCGUCACAGGAAUCUGCAAAAGCAGGAGCCGCUCUUCUUGCAGUUUGUCGUGGGAAGGUAUCUGAAGGGAUUGACUUCUCUGAUGACAAUGCUAGAGUUGUGGUUAUUGUUGGCAUUCCAUUUCCAAAUAUAAAUGAUGUUCAAGUAAAGCUGAAAAAGAGAUAUAAUGAUUCAUUCAAAUCAUCAAAAUGUUUGUUGAGUGGGAGCGAAUGGUACUGCCAUCAAGCAUUUCGUGCUUUGAAUCAAGCUGCAGGCCGAUGCAUUCGUCAUAAAUCUGACUAUGGAGGCAUAAUUUUGAUUGAUGAGCGAUAUAAUGAGGACAGAAAUCUCGUUUACAUUUCCAAAUGGCUAAGGAAUGCAAUCAAGAAGUAUGAUAGCUUUCAGGAUACAAUAGAUGGGUUGCAAAGGUUCUUUCAAAAUGCUGAGGAAAAAAUAAAAAUCAAAGAUCGUGACAUGUUUCCCAAGAUUAAGUUGGAAUCCGAAGCACUUUCAUCACUCAGUGAUAAAAGAAAGCUGCCAUGGCCAGAAUUAAGUUUGUCAAACCACUCAGCACUGCAAAAGAAUCAGAAGAUAAAGACUGAAUGUCUUAGUCAGAAAGUUCCAAACAUUGAUGGAGUGGCAGCAGACCAAAAAAAGGUGGGUAUGUGUUAUACAUCGCCAGAAGUAUCAAAAAUCUCGUCGAGAUCUUCUCUUUUAGUAAAGAAAGAGAUCUCUCCGACUCCCAACAGUCCUCGAAUGGCAUACCAACUGCCUGCCUGCAAAGUUCAAUCUGAUUCCGAAGGUGUAGCUGAUACUGAGGCAAACUAUGAAGUCAAAACAGAAGUUAUCAAUUUUGAAGAGGAUGAUUUUAAGCCUCGGUAUAAGAUGACAAUCUUAAGUCCAUUAGAAGGCAGGUCACCACAGUCUCCUCCAGUUGAGGAAAUUUCUCCAGUGGCUAGCCCCAGCAACUAUUCUGAGGUAAACAUCUCAGUGGGGAUCAACAAUCGAAAUCUUUCUUGUCUAUCCACAUCAGCAGCUACUCCUGAAAGAGCCACCUACAGAGACUGUCAUGAGACUUUCAUCAACAGAAGUGUAAAUUCUCACUGUGAGAAAAAGAGAAGGUUGAGAUCCCCAAUGAGCUGUUGCACUUACUCGGAUCAUUCUAAUUCUGCAAGCAAAUCACACUGCCGUACUGAUUAUGCUGUUAACAUAGUGCAUGCGGAUCUUAAUAGAAAUGCUGAACUGUGUUGUAAGAAUAUGAGCAUGUCAAGAUGUGAAAAUGUUGAGCUUGAAAGAAACUACAGGGCAGAAGAGGUCUCAGAAAAGAUGCCUAUGCAAAAAAAGCUUCUCAUUAGUUGCAUUAGAUGCAAAACAGCUCUUGGUUUAGAACAAGAUGAGCUUCUUGUUACUUGUUCACAGUCUUCAUCAUCAAAAUUUUACUUGGCAUUUCUUUUGAGACAUGGACUAUCAACUAUUGGCUUCCCAGAGGAUGGUUUUCAAGCAUCAACUCCAGCAGAGAUAGAACUAUUAGAAUGCGAUGCUUCUUCACUCAACCAGAAUUUCUUUGGCAAAUUUAGCAGCCAGGGUUCAUGUCAUUCUGGUGUAUGGUCUGCAAAGGAUGGAUGCGUGUACAAGGCAGUAACCUGUCCUUUCUGCUUUUCUGAAAACACAUGUGCCACGAUCCUCGGUGUGCAAGUUCUUGCAACUGAUAAACCAAAUCAACAAUUGGUGGAAAAGGUGCUCUUGUUCAGUGAGCGUUUGGAUGUCAAGCCUGAGCCAUCUAAGAGACAGGCUUCAAAGACCUGGAGAAAUUCUAGUAACUCCAUCUCACCGCCACCAGUAAUGGACCUCGAGUCUUUUGCAUAUAAGCCAUUGAAGAAGGAUCCAGUACCGCUGAACUCAAGAAGGUCCAAGCUAAGGUUACCUUCCACGAACAAACCCACAACUGGUACAUGAUAUGGAAGGUCCAUAAGAUGAGGCAGCUACGAUCUUUGCUACAAAACAUUGGGAAGAACUUUGUUCUGCGAAACGCAGCUUGCAGGGAGAAGAUGCAGAUAUCACCUUGCCAUGGGGAUGCAAACAUCUACAUGGAUUAGAGCAGUCGUUCCCUGAGCUGAAUCAGGGCGUAAAAUGCAUGGCCUGGCAGUAGGAAUAGGAUGCUGGUUUUUUUUUAGAAAAUGUACAUACACAAUUGACGAUGCCUCCCAGUGUACAUUUAUAAACAUUUUCUCAUUUCAAGAA